CUGGACCCACUGGAGGACUGUGAGGCGCAGCCCACCCGCUUCCCACCGAAGUGCUCCCGCGGCAUGUUGCUCUCUGCCAUCCUCACCCUCUUCCUCCUCAUCUUCCUCCUCUUCUUCAAUCUCCGGCUGAGCUCAGCCCUCCGCGGUGAUGCCAGCGGUGAUGCCGGCGGCGAUGCCGGAUCCUGCAGUGACGCGUGCCGGAUUGUCCUUGUGGAGAGCAUCCCGGAGGGAAUGACCUUCAGUGACGGUUCCGUGCCGAAUCCGUCCACCUUCUCCACGUGGAUGAACCUCUUGGGAACCGCUUCCCGCAGCCUGGACAUCGCCUCCUUCUACUGGACCAUGACCAACGAGGACACACGGACACACGAACCCUCCGCCGCCCAGGGUGAACAAAUCCUGGAGGAACUUCUCCAAUUAUCCCAACGCGACGUCACCAUCCGAAUCGCCGUCAGCCGCCCAUCGGCAAAAUGGCCCCUGAACGAUCUCCAAGCGCUGGAGCAGAGUGGUGCCGCGGUGCGCGUCGUCGAUAUGCCGCGGCUCACGGGCGGCGUGCUGCACACCAAGUUUUGGCUCGUUGAUGGCACCCACCUCUACAUCGGGAGCGCCAACAUGGACUGGAGGUCUUUGACCCAGGUGAAGGAGCUCGGAGCCGCCGUCUACAACUGCAGCUGCUUGGCCAAAGAUUUAGGCAAAAUUUUUGAAGCUUAUUGGGCUCUUGGUGUUCCUGACGCUUCCAUCCCGGUACCGUGGCCGGCAAAUUAUUCCACUCCCUUCAACAUGGAGACGCCAUUGGAGUUGAAGCUCAACGACACCGAUGCCGCCGUCUACUUCUCGAGCUCCCCACCGGCUCUCUGUGCUGCCGGUCGGACCCAGGAUCUUGGCGCCCUCCUCAAUGUCAUCGAUGCCGCUGAGGACUUUGUGAACAUCGCAGUGAUGAGCUACCUACCCACCACGGAAUUCUCCCGCCCGCAAAGAUUUUGGCCAGCGAUCGAUAACCGCCUGCGGAAAGCCGUCUUCGAACGCCGGGUCAAGGUUCGGUUGUUGGCGGGUUGUUGGCGGCACAGCCAAGUGACCAUGUUCCCCUUCCUCAAAUCCCUCGCUGCUGUUGCCGAUAAUCGGACCCGCUACAGCAUGGAGGUGCGGCUUUUCAUGGUGCCGGCAAGCGCGGCGCAAGCCCAGAUCCCCUACGCCCGGGUGAACCACAACAAGUACAUGGUGACGGAGAAGACGGCGUAUAUCGAAAGAAAUGAGUUUUUCUGA